CGCGUACCGGUGCACACCCGGGAACCCCGCGCACCCUGCUGCCACAGAGGGCCCCGCGCCACUGCAGCGGAGCCACUUCCAAGGGCCGGGCCAGCCCCGGCGCCCGCGCUAUCGGGGCGGACUCCCCGCCUGCGCGCUCAAGCCUGCGAUGGCUCCUCUCGGAUACCUCUUAAUGCUCUGCAGCCUGAAACAGGCGCUGGGCAGCUACCCGAUCUGGUGGUCUUUGGCUGUGGGACCCCAGUACUCCUCCCUGAGCACUCAGCCCAUCCUCUGUGCCAGCAUCCCAGGCCUGGUGCCCAAGCAACUGCGCUUCUGCAGGAACUAUGUGGAGAUCAUGCCCAGCGUGGCUGAAGGCGUCAAGGCUGGCAUCCAGGAGUGCCAGCACCAGUUCCGAGGCCGGCGUUGGAACUGUACGACUGUCAGCAACAGCCUGGCAAUCUUUGGCCCUGUUCUGGACAAAGCCACUCGGGAGUCAGCCUUUGUUCAUGCCAUUGCCUCUGCUGGAGUGGCCUUUGCAGUGACCCGCUCCUGUGCAGAGGGCUCAGCCGCCAUCUGUGGGUGCAGUAGCCGCCUCCAGGGCUCCCCAGGCGAGGGCUGGAAGUGGGGCGGUUGUAGCGAGGACAUUGAAUUUGGCGGAAUGGUGUCUCGGGAGUUUGCUGAUGCCAGGGAGAACAGGCCAGAUGCCCGCUCUGCCAUGAACCGUCACAACAACGAGGCUGGGCGCCAGGCCAUCGCCAGUCACAUGCACCUCAAGUGUAAAUGCCACGGACUAUCCGGCAGCUGCGAAGUGAAGACGUGCUGGUGGUCGCAGCCCGACUUCCGCACUGUCGGGGAUUUCCUCAAAGACAAGUAUGACAGCGCUUCCGAGAUGGUGGUGGAGAAACACCGUGAGUCUCGUGGCUGGGUGGAGACCCUGAGGCCACGUUACACAUACUUCAAGGUGCCCACAGAGCGCGACCUGGUCUACUACGAGGCCUCGCCCAACUUCUGUGAACCGAACCCUGAAACCGGCUCCUUCGGGACGCGCGACCGCACCUGCAACGUGAGCUCCCACGGCAUAGACGGGUGUGACCUGCUCUGCUGCGGGCGCGGCCAUAACGCGCGCACUGAGCGAAGAAGGGAGAAGUGCCACUGUGUUUUCCACUGGUGCUGCUACGUCAGUUGCCAGGAGUGCACACGCGUCUAUGACGUACACACCUGCAAGUAGGAGGGUUCCUAACGGAGGAAGCAAGGUUCAUAUUUAGGGGCAGGGUUCCUACCUGGGGGCGGGGUUCCUACUUGAAGGGGUCUCAUACCUGAGGAUCCAGUUUCUACUUGAGGGUAGGGCUCCUGCCUGUGAGGGGCUCCUACCUAGAGACCCAGUUUCUGCCUUCAGCCGGAGCUCUUACUUGGGGUCUGGGUUCCUUUUUAGCGGAGAGGCUCCUGCCUGGGAUUCGGGAUUUCUACCCAGGAUGGGGCUCUACCUAGGGGUGGAAUUCCAAUCUGGGACGGGGAGGGUUGGGCUCUUCCCUUGACCCUACAGGGUUCAAACCAGGACAGGUGAGCAACUCCUUAACUAGAUGGGGUUCGUGGAUGGGCGGGUGUCUCUCCUCCCAGAGGCCCUGCUCUAGAUAGAUUGAGAAGAUGCUUCAGGAUGGGCCCUACUAGGCUUGGGGAUCCAGUGGGGGUGGGACUUCACCCUGAAUUGGUGGAAUGUCUGAGCAAGAAGAAAGGAAGGAGACCCUCUUCUGUUGGGGUGAGGCAAGGCAUCACUAAGGACUCCUGGGACAGAGCUCCAGGGAAGGAGGAGCUCCUGAGUAAGCUUAGGCUCUGAGCAGGUGAUUCAGCCACCAUAUGGCUCCUUUUCAGUCUCCGUGUACGGUUCCACCUGCAAGCCUCAUCUGUGCAUGGCAGGAUCUCCUGGCAGAAUGAGCCAUGAAGAACUCAGGGGUGACGCCAGAUCCUGCCCCCAUGCCUGGAAACCCUUUUCCAAGCCCUGCACUCCUUCUGCCUGUGUGUUCCUAUCCUCCUUACUAGAUCUCUCCUGAGGAAGAUUUGCAGUCCCCUCAGAGUUCAAGUGACCAAGUAUGGAACAGAGCUCUAUCCUGAGUAGAGAGGGUACUUGGGGUUGGGGCUGCUAGGAAGGAUCCUAGAGCCUGGCAUCUUCCCACCAUCGCCUGUCUCUGCUCUGACAUCCAACACUCAGAUCUACUCGCAGGAAACCUUUCCAGCUCAUCUGGUCAGUGAUGUCCAGGACCCAAAGGUGCUCAGAGAUACUGGCCUCACUUUGAGUUGUAGGAACUUCAGGGACAUUAGGGCACAGACUGCAGAGACAAGGUGUCUCCUGGAGGCCCCCAUGUUCAGGACUGAUCCCCAGAACCUGCUGUUUAGGCAAUGGUCACCAGAUCUGUUGGCCACUAGCCUGUUCUCUUGAGUCUUGUCUGGCCUGGAAGAGAGACAUUGCAGGCCAUCUGCCACAAGAGCUUCCUGAAUCACUGCUACUGUGAAUUGUCCCCACCUCCAGGCAGGGGAGGGGAUGUGGCCACAUAGGAGUGUGCCCCAAGAGCACCGAAGAGAGGCCACACAUGGUGACUGUCUUCUGCACGGUGACUGUCUUCUGCCUGGAACUUUGCGUUUGGAGUUGUAAUUUUAUUUCCAAUGCUGCUAUAUCCACCAUCACUGGAACUGGACAAACGUGACUCUUUUCUUUUUUUCUUUCUAUGAAAGAAAUUAUUUUAGUUUAUAGGAUGUUUGUUUCAAAUAAUGGGGAAAGUAAAAAAGAGAGAGAAAAAAACC